AAUGCCAUGGAUGACGUGAAGACUACAAAGUUGUUGAUUCAGAAGCUAAGAGAUAAUGGUUGGAGCAAGCUAAAAACUGAUGUGCUUUCAUUUUGUGCAAAACAUGGAGUUAAAACUCCAGACUUUGCUUCUAAAUUCUAUCCCGCUGAUUUUGAAGAACAAGAAAGGGAGAUUUUGAGAUGUCAAUUGCGGCAUUAUGAGCAUGAUAUACUUGUACAUCCAAAGUUUCAGAAUUUGACAACCAUAUCAGAGCUUUGUCAACAACUUGCAGCUACCGGAAAAAAUGAUGAUUAUCACUUGAUUGAUAGAUUGAUUCGCCUUGUUCUUACUUUACCGGUCUCAACCGCAACUACCGAACGUGCGUUUUCUGCAAUGAAACUUGUGAAAACAAGGCUUCGGAAUAAAAUGGAUGAUGGAUUCCUGAGAGAUUGCUUGGUAACAUACAUUGAAAAGGAGAUUGCUGUUGGAAUAUCGACGGAUGCAAUUAUAGAUGAGUUCGACGAAGCACCUCGUCGAGUGGACUUUAAUUGAGAAGUGUUAGUUGCUCUAUCUCGUGUUAUCUAGAUAGUUACUUUCAGUAAUAUAUGCAAUUGUACAUCCUUUUGUCAUCAUCAGC